UUUGUGGCUGUCAAUUCCAUCCUUGAACCCUAUAAAUAUCCACACGCACACACACAGAGCUCCAUCAAUAGAUUCACCACCCAAAACGGAAAACGAAAUCAAAGACAAUGAUUUCUAAAGAAAACACUCCAAGAAGAAAAAAACAAAAACAAGAAGAUCAGACCACCACCACCAAUUUAUCCGGUCCCACAAGCCAAGCCACCUCGGACAUGAUCCGGCGCUUUCACACCCACCCCAAUCCGAUCCCUCCCGGCCACUGCUCCUCCCUCCACAUCGAACACAUCUCCGCUCCGCUCCCCAUCGUCUGGUCCCUCAUCAGCCACUUCUCCCGUCCCCAAUCAUACAAACCCUUUGUUCGCUCCUGCCAACUCUGCAUGGGCGACGGCAGCAUCGGCAGUGUGCGCCAGAUCCGGGUUGUCUCAGGGCUACCCGCCACAUCGAGCACAGAACAGCUUGACAUCCUCGACCACGAGCAGCACGUCUUUGGGUUCUCGAUCGUUGGCGGAGAUCAUCGUCUGUCUAACUAUAGGUCUAGGAUGACUGUGCACAGUGAGGAUGGACGGACGGCGGUGGUGCUGGAGUCGUAUUUGGUGGAGGUACCGGAAGGGAACACCGAAGAAGAGACGUGUAUCUUUGUGGAUACGAUUAUUGGGUGUAAUCUUAGGUCGCUGGCCUAUGUUGCGGAGAAGAUGGUGAGAACAGCCCCGCCGCUCACCGCUUGAGAGCAACUGUUUACUUUUUAACUUGUGUUUGUUUUUUUGAUGGUGAGGGUAUUUUCAUUGGUGUGUUUCUUUAAUUUAGUUUAUUACUUUAGUUUGUUUGGUGGAAUAAUUUGUGGUGUUGUUUUUGUGUCUGGUUUGGGUCAUCAAUAUUUGGUUUUUUUGUAAAUUUAAUUAG